AUGUCGUCUACAAUAUCACACCAACCACCAAAAGACGACGAAGAGGAGGAUGAUGAAGAGCAAGGGGAAGAGUUUAUGUUUGAUGACAGCACAGAUGAGGAAAAAGCUCAGGAAGACAUCACCUCGGAAUGUAUUACACCUGUCUGUGUGCCAAAACCUGACAACAACGAGGCAUCAGAUGCUGUAGCUGCAGACGGCACACAGCUUUUUAAACCUCCACCUCCUGCUGGACCGGAGAGAAUUGUGGCUUCAAGUCUCACCACUGAUGUUCCAGCGGCUGAGUCACCAAACGAGGUCUCAGCAGCACCAGCAGCAGCCGAGCCUGGUGCAUCAGAUCGUUGUCUGGGAGAGGAGCUUCCCGUGGAGCCGCCGUCUGAUUCAGGAGAUCGCAGCAAAGAAACCGUUCAGGGAAGCUCUGACUCGAGGGACAUCUCUGAAGAGGUAGGAGCACCAGAGGCUUCGUUAGAGGUGAUCUAUGAUGACGUUCCCAGCGAGGAACCUCUCUCCCCUGAUGAAGCAGACAUGAUCUAUGAAGAUGUCCAAAGAGAGAGUGGUCCUUUGGAGGCAAACAACGGGUGGAGCUCCAGUGAGUUUGAGAGCUACGAUGAGCAAUCUGAUAACGACGCCAAGCUGCCGGCAAGAAGCAAGCUCUCACCUGAAGUGCAUCGGCUGAGGGAGCGGUGUGCCAGGACCAAACGUGAACUGGCUAUGAGGCUGUCUGGAAAGCACAACUAUGACAUCAAGGUUCAGCAGCUCAUGAGGGCGGCAAGAACCGGAACGAAGGAUGGACUCGAGAGGACUAAAAUAGCCGUCAUGAGAAAAGUGUCAUUCCUGCAGAGAAAAGAUCAAAUGGAGAGUUCAGAAGUUUCUUCAUAUUUUAGAGAGGAGGAUGAUGAUGCUGGAUACCUGGAUGUGGCUGUGUCAGAAGUGAAGCAUCCUCCCCCGCAGCUGAGCCCCAUGCCAGAAGGGUUGACCAACCACCAGGUUGUCAGGCGCCAUAUCCUUGGCUCCAUCAUUCAGAGCGAGCGGAGCUACCUGGAAUCUCUCAGGAGGAUCUUGCAGGAGUACCACAGACCGUUGAUGGAGGCAGAGCCGCGCAUACUGAGUCCAAGGAAGAUCCGGCCCAUUUUCCACCGAAUCAGAGAGAUCACACAGUGUCACUCCAUGUUCCAGAUUGCGCUGGCUUCCCGUGUGGCAGAGUGGGACAGCAGUGAGAAAAUCGGGGACUUGUUUGUUGCCUCGUUUUCUAAGUCCAUGGUGCUGGAUGUGUACAGUGAUUACGUGAACAACUUCACCAAUGCAAUGGCUCUCAUUAAAAAGGCAUGCAUGUCCAAACCGGCAUUCUUGGAAUUUCUAAAGAGGAAACAGGCCUCCAGUGUGGACCGGAUAACUCUGUACGGACUGAUGGUGAAGCCCAUUCAGCGAUUCCCCCAGUUCAUUCUCCUCUUACAGGACAUGCUUAAGAAUACACCAAAGGGCCACGUGGAUCGUCUUCCCCUGCAGCUCGCACUGACAGAGCUGGAGACGCUGGCUGAGAAGCUGAAUGAACAGAAGCGAGUAGCUGACCAGAUUGCAGAGACUCAACAACUUGCCCGCAGCGUCAGUGAUCGCCUGCUCAGUAAGCAACUGAACUCGGAGCAGAGGUCACUGGUCCUUUGUGAAACACUUAUUGAGACUGUGUAUGGCGAGCGGGGACAAGUCCUGAAAUCGAAGGAGAGGAAGGUCUUCCUUUUUGAUGAUGUGCUCAUCUGUGCCAACAUAAAUGUCAAAGGACCUCCGGAUAUUAGCAGCCUCGUUCCUGUUGGCCCCAAGUACACCAUGAAGUGGAGCGCCACCCUUCAGCAUGUGCAAGUAGUGGAAGUUGGCCAGGAGAACUCUCAAAGCAAAGACACCUUGUUUCAGCAGAGUGGGACUAAGAGGCCAAGUGGGGCCUGCAAUUCAGGUAAAGCUCUCCUGGGCCCUCCACGGUUGUACCAGGAGCUGCAGGAACUUCAACAUGACCUUUCAGUUGUGGAAGAGGUUACUCUGCUAGUGGGCACACUGCAGGGGAUAUACCAGAACCUAAACACCACCGUGUCCCAGGACUGGUGUCUGGCUCUGCAGAGGCUUAUCCGCAUCAAAGAAGAACAAAUCCAGUGUGCUAACAAGUGUCGCUUACGCCUGCAGGUGCCUGGCAGGCCAGACAAGUCUGGCCGUCCAGUUAGUUUCAUGGUGGUCUUCAACACCCCCAACCCUCUUAGUAAGAUCUCCUGGGUCAACCGACUGCACUUGGCCAAGAUUGCACUAAGAGAGGAAAAUUCUCGAGGUUGGUUAUAUGGAGAAGAUGAAGGGAAAACAAUAGUACCAUUUUCCUGUCCACUGCUUGCCUGUCACAUGCCUGUCUUUGCUACAAAGUCAGCGGAAAGAAAGCUUGAAACUGCUCUUCACAACCCUGUUAACUGUGCAUUGUUGGGCUUUUCUGCAGCGAGUACCUCUUUACCUCAAGGCUACCUCUGGGUGGCUGGUGCRGGCGAAGGUUUUCAGGGCCACAUAGAGGUUUUUUCCCUCAACAGGCCUACCCCCCGCGCUGUGAAGAGCCUACAGAUCAGUUCUGCGAUUCGAUGCUUGGAGUACGUGCAGGCGCCUUCACCAACAGAGGAGGAAGAUGUGGGCACUCACAAGGCCGCCGCAGGGACCGGCACCAACAUUUGUGUUGGAUUAGAUGAUGGCCGCAUUCUGGUCUAUGGGAGCGCGGACACGGCAGCACAAUGCCUAUUGACCCUCCACAACCCAGAGGGCUGCCCUGUGCUGUGCCUGAAGCACUCCGCUCGCUUCCUGUUUGCGGGUUUGAGGAAUGGUACAGUGAUGGUUUAUGGAAGAAAUAACAAUGAUGACCUCUGGGACCCUGAAUCUCCAAUAUGCGUUAACCUGGGAGCGGAGCCAAUACGGACUUUGCUGGUGCUGGAUGAAUCUGUGUGGGCAAGCUGUGGGAACUCUGUCACAGUCAUACAAAUAUCUACCCUUACAACUCAGAAAUUUGAAGUCCAUCCAGACCCAAUGAUCAGUGUUACACAUAUGGCCUGUGCUGGUGGGGGGGUGUGGAUGUCCUUCUCAGAGGGCUCCUCCAUUCGUCUCUUUCAUACAGAAACACUGGAGCUUCUGCAGGAAAUCAACAUUUCAACACGUUCAAUGCUGCAGAACACUGGUAAACAGACAACACACAUCAGCACCUUUGUAUGCAUUCAGGCAUUCAUAUGCUUCAGAUAUAGAAAAAAAAAUUGUUUAUUGUUUCAUAAAAUUUUACACAAUGGUUUCUGCUAUGAACAGUUUUCUCCUGAUCUGCUCAAGAGGGAUUCUGUUGGGGACGGACCAGACUCUGCCUGUGGAGGUGAAGACCGAAGUGACUCCUCCUCACAGGAAUCCUUGCAACCUUCCAGUUGCUACAAAGCGGAAGAGAAAGGAAAAGGACGGGGCGUUCUGCUGCAGUACAGGCUGCGCUCCACAUCAGGACUACCGGGACGGCCGCUGACAGCUCACGGGGACGAGGCCUCCGACUCGUCCCUGGAGUCUUUGGAGCACAGCGUGGAGGACGGAUCUAUCUACGAACUCAGCGAUGACCCGGAAAUGUGGGUUCGAGGACGUCCAUGUGAGAAGGACGCGGUGCGUAGGGACAGGGUGAUAUCUGCUGCRGUCAUAUCAGGAGGAAAAGGUUUUCGUAGACUGAAGGAAGGAAUAGGCGUAGGUUCUAGGACAAGUGGAGACUCUUUAGAAAAUACUCUUAUGGUAUGGCAACUCCCACUGACCGUGUGAYAUGGAGAAAAACACARCAGGAUUUGUCUUCAUCAGCAUCUGCUCAACUUUGCCUCGAAUCACCUGUUACACCAAUUUAGCAGAUUUGAAUGUAUGAGGAAACGCUGCCUCUGUCACAGAGCUUGACAUUCUGUCAUCACCCUGUGGAAAAAGGAAGCCAAGACAUGUUGUUUGUGACAGACGCUAUCGGUCUAAAAAGAUGCUUUAAAUGUUCAGGACUGUGUAUCRUCAUCUUACCAGCGGUGGCAGAGGUCACYGCAGAUCAGUUCCAUGCUGUCAUCCUGAUCUGGUUUCUCCUCCUGCCUUAGUUAAGACUGAUAUGCCUCACUUUAACUUCAUCAAAGCCGCAUGUGCUCUGCCACAUUUAUUUUCUGCAGAGGACUUCAAAUAAGAGUGUCCAUGGACAGCAUGCCUUUGAGGAGAAGCCUUUGUUGAAUCCACCGUGCUCUGCACAGUUAGAAAUGGAUGUUAUAUACGUGAUCCUGUGGGAGAGAUCCCAUCGGUCUUAGAGCUGGAAGCUGAAGGCAAACAUGGCAUCAUAAAGCACAUUAGCAUCACUUUAUUAGUCUUGCCUGYGUAUUUUUUCCAUCCCGUACAAUGUGAACAAAUAACACCUCCAAAUAUGUAUGAAAAAAUAAUCUGUGCAUUUCUUAAAAAAACACAAAAACAAAACUGAAAUCUCUAUUGUUGCAGUAUUUAGAAAUUAUAAGUGUUUUGCUCUGAACAGCUGGUCAAUCUUUUUGUUUGGGUCUGACAUGUCAGUACAAACUUCACAACAAUGGAUUUUGGAGCCAAGUUACUCUGUGCUACAGUUCUCUGAUAAACAUUUCUAUUCUAGAAUUUAGAGAUUCAUUACCAAGUUUUGCAAAUUAUCAUCCUUUAGCCUUUUUUUUCUGCUUCUUUGUUCACUGUCAAGAAAAUCAGUACAAAUGUGUACACAAACCAGUUAAUACCCCAAAACAGAGGUUACAUAUCAAACACAAGUUACGAAUCAACACAAGAUUUGAAUGAAACAUUGUGGACAGCUGAAAAACAGAGAACACAAYGAGUGUCUUUAUUAUCAUAAGGAGGAUUCGGUGUGAAUUUAAUGGUGAAAUUUUACAUCUAACAAGUAGGCAGCAUGUCUAUUGCUUUUGUUAUGAAGCAUAGUAUGAAAAGAGCUCCAAAAGCAAAUUUAAUACAACCACUAAACAUUUUUUAUUUAAAUGAAUGUUCAUACUAACAUAAAACAACCUCACUAUUUUGUACUUUGUCGGCCUUCAUGUUUUAAGAUCACCUAAAAUAUUAUGUAAUCUAUUGUUAACAUGCUAAGAAUUUUAAAAACCUUUUUAAAAAAUAGCAAUUAAUAAUUUUAAAAGGAAUGUAAAUAUAAAAGGUACUGUUGGUUCUCUAUUGAACUUAUACAAGGACCUUGUAUUCUCCCAACAACUGCAAGAAUGUUGAAUCAAAAGUGGUAUGAGAAGAACUCAGUGGUACAGCGUAAGUUUUAAAAGGUUUUCCUUCAAAAUGUCUUGCUUGUAAAUUGUGUUAGCAUUGUCAGACUAGUAGCAUGAUAUUAACCCGUGAUUAAGAAUGAAGCAGAAGGUACAUACUUUCAAAUGUGUGUUUUUAAAGUUUUCUGGGGCACUUAGAUAAACUAUAAACAAAACGUUGCAUAUUUUGAUUAAACAAAGAAAUGGUGAUGAUUGCAAUUUUCUUUGCCAACUUAAUAYAGMGUAGGACAUUUUUCGUCAGGAGAGGCUUAUUUACUGCCACACCUGAGGUAAAUUUGAUUUGUAAAUACAUUUAAUGAGUCCCUCAUAGCUGGAAAGGAAUUCCAACAAAAAUACUGUAUACUAACAGCAAGAAAUAUGUACAAGAAAAAAGAAAAGUAAAGAUUAAAUGUAUGUCAUAUUGGACACAGAUUUUUUUUUUUGGCAUUUUCCCCUAACUGCAUAUGUUUUGUAUACAUUAAACACCCAGUUAUGCAGAAUCCUUUAAAAGGAAAGAUAAUUCUAACUUCCCUGCAAUGUUGUUAUAAACGCAUCAGACGCGUAUGCCCAGAUUAUGUAGGAUUCAGCCUGUUGACACCAUAGGGACUGCUUAUAUCAAGUUUAAUUUUUUUUGUUUGGGAAGAAGAGCAGGAGAUAUUAGGAGCAAUCCUAAUACAACUUUAUGAUUGUGUGGUAUACACUGUUAACAUUUGGUUGUCAAGGUACUUUGAUUAUAUUCCCACAUUUUAAAGAUGAAUGUAUGUUCUUGGUGGAGUCAUCUGAUGACAUAGUUCUUGAUAUUUUGAGUAUUUUUACCCCUGCACUGGAUUUUCCAUGGUAUUGAUUUUGAUGGAAACUGACUCAUUUAUAUCAUUUGCAUUUACUUAYAGUGAAUAUUUAUGUACUGAAUACUGAAAUAAGAACRAACAUACUGUACUAUUAGAUGGACAGGCUAUUGUACUAAAUAAACKUAUAUUUGAUUUU